CAAGCUUGUGGGCACAAGCCCCCUUCUUCAGGCUGAGGAAUAAGCUACUGGAUGUUGCAAAGCCAACUUGACCACCACAAGAAAACGGGGCUGGAUGAUGACUUUCCCCCAUCUUGGGGACAAGAUCGGGGGUGGGGGGUGGAGGGCUAUAAUAGGCCCGACUCAAACGGGGCUCUGGAGCUUGAAGCUAUCUAGCCGCAGUGGAGGGGGGGGAGGAGAAUCGCCUUAGAGCCCCCCUGGCUUCCGUAGGGCCCCGCCGCCCGCAGCGAGCGGGGAGGGGGCAGCGGGGCAGAGGAGGCACCGCCCCCGCGCGCCGGGCUCCCGUUUGCCGGACGCGCCCCCGGCCGCACUGCGCAGCUGCGCGGGCUCAAAACAGUUUGUUGCAGACGUCGGCGAAGCCGCUUCCGUUUCCAACGCCACAUUCCGGCCCCACCUGCCUACGCCGCCGCCCGGCCCUGGCCCGCCCCAGACCGAGCCCGCCCGCGCCGCCAUGUCCGCGGAGGAUUAUGUUUCUGUGAGCGUUGAGGAUGAUGUUGAAGCUGUGAUAAUUGAAAAUUCUGAAAUGGAAGAUGCAGAAAAUGAACUGUCCACACAAAACUGCUUGUCUGUGGAACAAAAUUCUCAAGUUAACAGUGAUGAUCGCUACAUGACUCAGCUUGCAUAUGGUGGUGAAGGUUUGUCAGUACUGAGUGAACCAGUGGUGUCACAAAUGAGCCAUUCUGCAAGUGUGGAGAGAGAUGGUCACAACCCAGAACAAGUAGACUUUGUUUACGUGCAUAAUAAAAGACGACGACUUGUCCCCUCUCCCUUGGGAAACAGCACAAUGAGAGCCAGGGAAGCAGAAUAUGAAGAUGGUGGAAGUGUCAUUUAUGAAUAUGAACCAGAUUAUGAAUGUGGAAGCAUUAUGUCUGAAGCUUCUUACGCAAGAGAUCAGCAGAAAACCCUUAUGGAUGUCCUCAACUGUUGUCAGGCCAUGUAUGAUGCCAUCCAGAGAUUGGAUAAGAAAUUUGACCUACUCCAUCGAAAGGUCUCAGAAAUGCAGCAUACGCGGGUGAAGUCAUUGCUGUUGAAACCUAGACCCAUUGGAUUUACACACAGAAGUUCCAGUCAUUUACCCCAUGGAAAAAUUAGAGUACAAAAACAGAUGGAGAGGGAGUCAAGUCUUCAGCUCUCUCCCCCAGAACAGGGGAAGCAUAGCCCUGCUAUAAGGGUUAGACUACAAAAGAACCAUCUCCACAGCCGUAUCCAGGCCAACUCUACAAUCAAACCUGUUCAACAAACUCUUCAACUUGAAUCACAACAACCUGUUCUUCGACAGAGCCCACCCCUACCCACUAUCAUUUCCACUCGUUCAUUGCAUUCACCAUUCACAGUGGGUAACAGGAUCUCUGACCUUCCUACACAAGCAAAUCUUGCAAGCACAGUUGUGGAAAGCACAGUCAACAUUGCAUCAGCAGCAGCAGGUUCACCGCUUGUGUCAUCAGUGAUGCCAACACCCCCUGAAACCAGUCUGGGAAGAAACACCAUGAUGAUGAACUACAGAGCUUCUGCAGGAAGUGCGAAAGAGCUGCCAUCAUCAUCUGUCUCUAUCAAUCUUAGUUAUGAGUAUAUUGGUGACCCAUCGAGAAAUAUAAAAGUUCUUGGCAACUAUUUGAUGAAGGCUCGACAAAAAACCAAGCCAAAGUAUGCAGCACGCUACUUAGUUCGUGUCUUGUUCCCCAAAGAAACGUUACUGUGUAGCAUUAUGGGUGUAAGUGCACGGGGGCGCAGAACACUGGAUCCUAACAAGGUUGCUGCAAUAAGAGAAUUUCUUGCAACUAAUUUCCCAACUUAUGAUCUGAGUGAAUAUGGAAAAGACUGGAAAACAUGCAUCACAAAUGUCAAUGCCAUGAUCCGCUGCCUACGCUCUGAAACCAAAAUAAACCCAGAGAUAGCAGAAGGGAAAGAAAAAAUGGCUGACACUCCAGAUACAUCCAUUUGCGUGGAUUUAAAUUAUAGUGGGGAUGAUGGUGAAGUCAAUUCUCAAACCUCUCAGAAAAUGACCAGUGCAACAACAAACAGACUUCAGAACUCUAUAUGGGAUAAAGCCCCAGAGGUGUUCCGUGCAUCUUCGGCCAAUAAACUACCGUCUUUGGAACCAAUGGAACUGCUUGGGAGUCCGUGGCGCAACGUUCAGCUGCCCUUCUCAGUUAUUUAUGUUGCCAAGGGAAAAUCUCGGCCAGAGUUGUCAGCUCGCUACUUGAUACGCCAUCUUUUCACAGAGGACGUACUGGUGAAAAGUAAUGUGUAUGGCAAUCUGGAGCGUGGCAUGAGCCCUCUGGACUGCAAUAAGAUCAAUGCUCUCAGAGACUUUCUUCAGGAGAAUUAUCCAUCUUUUGAUCUAAAGGAAACUGGAUACGAUUGGAAAGCAUGUGUGGCUGCCAUAAACAGUACAAUCCGCAGUCUCAGACAUGAUCACAAGAAGGCUACAGCUGGAGUCCGGAGGAGAGUAUUGGCAGCACCACCACCAAGUGAAAAGAGUCCUCCCCAAAGCCCCACUUCAGUGAAGCCAUAUGAAAGUGACACUAUCAAUCUUACAGACUAAAAAGCUAACAAUCAUUUUGCAUAUUUUUGGAGCCCUGCAGUAGGUUGUACUAUACAAAGCUGAUCUUGUUGGGUAGUCAGCAGCACUAUAUAAUAUACGUCAUGAGACCAAAGUUCGCAGGAGACUUAGGGACCCUGCCUCCUAGAGCCACUGGCACUCAUGCCAGUUAUUGAAAGUACUUCCUUCAUUCUUACUAGGGUUUAACUGGCACUCAUCUGAUCAGCAUCUGCUUCCUCUAAAGUAUCGAGCCCACAUUAGAUUACUUCAACUACAAGAAGCACACUGCAUAUCAGGUCAGGAGCAACAAAGAGGAAGGGGAAAACAAUGUUCCUUCCUCA